AUGUCAGCAAUCAAAAUGAAGUUCAACAAUUUACCAUCAUUUGGCAAAAGAUCUGGAAGAGAGCUUGCAAAAGGACUGCAAAUCGACUCACCACCAUCAUGCACUAGAGCCGAACAUUUAAGCAUCCACGAAUUGCAUAAAAACCAAGCUGAAAGUUUACGCAACGUAUUACCGUUGUUAAUGGACUCGUUACCGGAUCCACCGCAACUUUCGGUAACAGAUCUUGCGCAAUUGGAGAUGAUGGCUCGAUUGAAUGAGAUUAAUCUUCCGUCCAUUAAAAAUGCCUCAACACUUUCGAACCCUCCGUCAUCAGAAUGCGCUAAUCUGCCUUCUGUUGCUGUCAGAGUACUGCCGACGUCAUUGCUGCUGAUGGAAUCUGGUCUCAAAGAAAACAGUGUUGAUACUGCGGAGAGCAGUUCUCUUGAGAUUGUUCGUUUCUUUUUUCCAGUUGCACGGAAGCCACAUACGUUAACGAUGUUCCAACGAGAUCGUAACGAAGCAGAAGUCGAAACCAAGAAGAAAUAG